AUGGAUGAUGCUCAUGAUGAGUCAGAUCUAGACCUAGAUGAGGAGCCAAUGUUAGAUGAUUUCACCAUCAUCCUUGCUCUACUGGCCACUGCCAUCGUUGUGUUCUAUAUAUUGUAUUCAAACUGGCCGGCAUCAUCGCAAAGCUCAUCCAAACAGGAGCCAAGUAACUUUGAAGAAGAUAACAAUUCACGGAGUGAAGUAGAUAAACCAGAAGAUCUUCUUUUUGAUGACUCUGAUGAUGAAAAUGCGACGGACCUCGACCUCGAAUUCCCUGCGGAAGAAUACGAAGAAUAUCUGGAAAGGAUUGAUAAUGGCUUGAGGAGUAUGAAGAAAAGUAAAGAAGAUUCUAUUCACGAGCAAGAAAAACUUCAUGCGGCGACCGAAAAUGAAGAGCUAUCUAAUCUCGAUAUGUUAAAGCGGGGUAAAGCCGAAGAAUCUGUGAUAGAAACUCAUUUAGGUGACAUCAGUGAAGACGUUUGCCCGAUGAAACAUGGGAGCGCCCAUGAUAAAAGGGAAGGUGAAAUUCCAUCCAACUUCGACCAAGAUACUGUUCUGUUAAGCGACAGUUGUGUUGAGAUCACAGCAGCAGGUGUGCUUGAAGGUGAAGUCGAGGAAAAAACCUGUAUUGACGCAAGUGAGAAUCUCCCAGAAGAAGAAGGGGCUAUUCCGGUAGCAAGAGAAAGCCUUCAUGCAGAAGGUGGGGAUGCAGUUACUUCAACUGUCCCUAAUACAGAUUCCGUUGAAGUGAAGACGGAAUCAAGAUCAGAAGAAAGCGAAGAAGAUGUCAUCCUUGACAAAGAUUAUGAAGAAAAUGAGGCUGCAGCGACUUCAACUGACGAAGUUACAAUAACAGGAAUCAUUUCUGUUGAGAGUAAAGAAGAUGUCGUCCCGAUGGAAAAGAACAAUAUUAAUCUUGAUGAAGAGUAUGAAAAAAGUGAGGCUGUAGUGACUUCAACUGAUGAAGUUGCAGUGACAGAAAUGAGUUCUGAUGAAAUGACUUCAACUGAUGAAGUUGCAGUGACAGAAAUGAGUUCUGAUGAAAGUAAAGAAGAUGUCGUCCCGAUGGAAAGGAACAAUCCUGACGAAGGUUAUGGGGAAAGUGAGGCCACAGUUACUUUAACUGAAGGGACAGUAACACAAAUAAGUCCAGAUGAAAGUAGAGAAGAUGUCAUCCCGAUGGCAAAGGACAAUCUUGAUGAAGAACAUGCAGUUGGUGAUUACCCAGACUACGUUCGAGUUAGUGGCAGUGUUAUGGAACGCAAAACAUCGCAAAAUUCUCCUGAAGAUGCCGAUUCUACAUCUGAUAUUAACAAAGUCAUGAUAGGCGGUAGUUCAAUUGAGGUAACUCCAUGCGAGGCAUCCACUUUGAAGUCAAAUGAAGGUCCCAGUGAAGACCAGACCAGCGAAGCCAGUAAAAAAGGCGAGGAAAAUUGUGCUAAUGAUCAGAUACAAAACAGCGAUCGAGAAACUUCAGCAGUCGAAAAUGCCCAAGAAGAACACGACGAACAAGAUCUAACAUCACAACUAGCUCUAGAGGAAGUCAUGUCCGAAGAAUGGAAUCCUGUGAGGGUAAAAUUUUCAUCUCUAACGGGACAUUGA